CCCCAACUAGCUGUCAAUCAACUAAGGUCCCGCCCCCUCUUAGUCUGCUUGCAUGUCGCGAGGAAAAAAAAAAGCCCACAGCAGCAGCAGUGGCCGUUGGGGAAGAGAGUAAACAGAGAGAAGCCUCAAGAUGGCUGACACGCAGGGCUCUGUUCACCUCACUGGAGCCGUAGCCGUCGUACCUCACGCCGUAACCUCCGUCAAGAGCAUGUUCGGCAAGCCCACCGAGGUGAAGGGAGCCCCGGACUACCGCUCCCAACCUUACCGAGAUUUUACAUCGCCGCCGCCCAAGAAGGUCCGAGUCGAGGAGAGGAGCGUUAAACCGAAGAAACUCGGCAGAGACGGAGGCGUGGAGAGCGACUCUAGCGGGAAGGAGAAACUCCAGCAGUCCGCGAAGCAGCAGAGUUACGCCAGCGCGGGUUUGUGGAGCUUUAGCCCGGCGAAGAGCAGCAGCGGCGGCGGCGGCAACCCGUCAAUGCCUGGUGCCGGCGGCGGAUCACACAAAGUCUUCAAACAGAGCGACUUCUUCCUCCAUAAGGCGCCUUUUUCCUCGAAACCAAAGUGCAAAGAUAAACAGAAGGACAAGGGAAAAGGAGGCGGGGAGGAGAAAAAGAAACACAAACUGUUGACCUCCCUACAGGGGAGUAACGUAGCCAACAACAACAACGACAUCAGUAGGUUUAACAACAUUUCACCAGCAGUGAAGAGGGAAAAUGGAGAGGUCGCAUUUCCAGCCAAAGAUUUGCACUCCCCCAAGGACAAAGCAAAGGAAACGGAGAAGAGGAAAGCCAAGGAACAAGAGACGGAAAAGGAGAAGAAAAAGCACAAACUGACAAACGAGAUCAAGAGGGAGAACGGGGAAGUCAAACAGCCGAUUAAAGAAGAAAAAGAAAAGGCGAAGAUCAGCUCUGAGGAGCUGCAAAUCAAAAAGGUGAAAAAGAAAAAGAAAAAGAAACACAAAGAAGGAGAAAAGCAUAAGCGAGUCAAGAUGUGUCACCGCUCCUGCCAAACCAUCUGUGCUGGUCUUCUUCUUCUUCCUGGUCCUUUAUUGUCGACGAACUCUUCCUCCUCAGAACUGACAAACCGCCUCUCUCUGUCUCCGUUUAAAUCCCCUCUACCCGUUUGCCCUUUGCCCAAUGAUAAGAUCUCACAUCUUGACUCCUAUCCACCCAACGUCUCGUCCUCGAUGAAGGCUGCCUUUCCAACAAAACCAUGCCUGCAGAGCGCCUAUCCUGGGAUGGCAGGCCUAGAGUUUGCCUCUUUCAUUCAUAUAGAGAACCAGCCUAACGGAGGGGCUCUAAUAGCUCAUGCCUACACAUCCCAGCUUUCCUCUCUGUCAGCUGACCAGAGACGGAGAUUUGCUCAAGAAUUUGUCACUUUGGCAUUCAGCGAGGACACGUCACAGGCAGCUCAUUAUGUCAUGGGAAUUGUCCAUGGAGAAGCGAAAUACUUAACAGACUUCUUGGAUUACUUUUCAACCAAGUUCCCAUCAGUUCCUGUCAAAAUGGAAAUACUGGGAAAGAAAGACAUAGAAACUACCACCAUGUCAAACUUCUACACUCAGGUGAAGAGAACAUACAGUCACGGCACGUACAGAGCGGGAGCUAUGAGACAGAUCAGCCUGGUGGGAGCCGUGGAUGAGGAGGUUGGGGAUUACUUCCCUGAAUUCCUCGGUAUGCUGGAGGAGUCUCCUUUCCUAAAGCUGACGCUCCCUUGGGGGACGCUCUCCAGUCUAAGUCACAUGUGUCCCACGGAGAGCGACGACGGUCCGAUAAUGUGGGUCAGACCUGGAGAGCAGACGAUACCAGUAGCAGACGUACCAAAGUCUCCUUUUAAAAGAAAACGCUCCACCAAUGAAGUAAAGAACCUGCUGCAGUCGCUGCCCAGGACCAGCGAGCCCAGAGAGAUGUUGUUUGAAGACCGGACACGGGCCCACGCCGACCACAUAGGGCAGGGGUUUGAUCGGCAGACCACCGCCGCUGUGGGGGUGCUGAAGGCCAUAUGCCCCGUAGACCGCUCAGAACCUCCUCGUGUUACCAAAGAUAUUGUGUGUUUCCAUGCUGGUGAUUUCCCUUAUGUGGUUCAGAGGCUGCAGUUGGACUUGCAUGAACCCCCCCUGUCUCAGUGUGUGCAGUGGGUGGACGAUGCCAAGCUCAACCAGCUGCGGCGGGAGGGCAUCCGUUACGCCCGCAUUCGCCUGUGUCACGACGACAUCUACUUCAUACCGCGCAACGUCAUCCACCAGUUCAAGACGGUGUCUGCCGUCUGCAGCCUGGCCUGGCACAUCCGCCUACGGCAGUACCACCAAGGAGAAGGGGGGGCGAAGGAAGAGCCAGGUGAGGCAGGAACGGGGACUUUCAAACAGGAAGAAAAAGAGGAGGAGGGGAGUGAUUCAAAGAAGGAAGCAGUAAAGGAGGAAAUAAAAGAGGAAGUGGCAGAAAAUGGGAUGUUGCUUCCUCGCAAAUCCGAAGAGCUAGACGAUCAGCCGUUGUGUUCUUCGCCUGCUGAAAAAGAAGAUCUCCCUCCUCCUCCUCAAGGGAAGCAGGAAUGUGCAAUUUCUCCUAUCUGUAAGAACAAAUUUCGUCCUCCUCUGACAUUACCAGGGCUCUCCUCCUCUCCUCUACUUAAGGAGGCAAAACCCAAAGCCACCUCCAAACCUCCUCACCAUUACUCUGACAGCGGGACGUCGUCCAGUAAAACACCCCUCUCUUUGCCGCUCUCCCCUCCUCCUUUGAAGUCUUCCACCUCUGCAGUGGCUGCACCCUUAACAGCAGCUCCCCCUCCCACUUCUACCUCUUCACCUUUGGCGGAGAAGCCCUCAUCUUCCUCCCUGGCAGCCUGUCCCCCAUCGGAAACUCCUCCCUCCGUUUUCUGUCAGGCGGCUCCCUCCUCUCACCCAGAACCCGCCCAGGACCGUCUCCUCCUGACGCCAGCCAUCCCUUCAGACACACGGACUGCGGCGCAGUCGGAGGUUCAAACAUUGCAGCUGCCACUUCCUGCGGAUGUGCAGACGCCUCAAACUGACACGCGGACGCUCUCGGAUGCGGACCGAUGGCUUCCCGUUCCCGACUCGGACUCACGGACUUCUGCGGAGGUGCAGAUGCACCCGCUCCCACCUGAAGCUGGCAGGCGAGGAAUUUACAUGCAGCAAUACUCACAGUUCCUUCCUCCUCCUCCUCCCUCUCCUCACCUCGCCCAGAUGCUGCCCCCUUCUUUCUCUCCUCUUCUGGCACCUCCCCAUCUUCCUCACAGACCUCCUACUCUCCCCCCACAGACCCUAAACUCCUACCUGGGUCAAACUGGACCUCCACAUUCAGUCCACCUUGGCGCGCUCCACCCACAGGCGGGCAUCACCACCCAGUCCCAGCCGUACUUCACCCCCCCCCUGAUGACACCCUCCUCUCAGCCGAAUCCCCCCCUCACCAGCUCCCAGUCUCUGCCCCCUCACUUUUCUUAUCAGCACCAGUUUGCCAAACCUUUCUUCCCUUCUCAGCACCCCAGCUUCACCUCCCACCCGUUCCUCCCCCCUCAGUCAUACUUCCCGCAGCCCCCCACCUCUUACCCCCUGCAUUCACAAUACCAAACUUCAGCACCACUGCAGGUUCAGAUGCCCAUGUCGCAGCCCUUCGCUCACCCUCCUCCUCCUCCUCCCCCCCCUUCCUCUCCACCUCCCCCCCCACCCUUUCCUCCUCCUCCACCUCCUCUCCCUCAGCCCUCCCCUUCUUUAUUCCCCCCUCCUCCACGGCACGAAGACGAGCAGAAGCAGAUUUUCUAAGAGUUUUUGUACAUACUGAUCAAAAUGACUGUAAAGGGUUUCUGCCAGCCGUCCUGUAAACCUGUACGGGGGGGGGUGCCGGACUGCUGUCUGUUUGUCCUCAAGGGGGCGUAGCUACCCCAGGACGUCCGCUCAUCUGUGACCCAUUGAAUGAAGAAGCAAGAUAGGAACAUUUUGGAAGACUUUUUGUAAAAGUUGCAGCCAACGCUUCCAAUAUUUAAGGUGACCCAAAGUUGGGCCACACAGGGAUCUUUGUUUCCUCUGAGCACAGAUGCUCUAUCAUUUUUAUUUCAAGUCUGCAAUGGAAAAAAUCUAUUUUUUCAAAUAUUAAACCUUCCAAAGUUGCAAAACAAAAACAAAUUGAAAGAAGAAUCACUACAUUAAGCAUGAAGUAAUUCUGCCAAGUAGUUCUAGUAGCCGCUGCUCUCGGAACAUUUGUCGCAGAACCUCAUCUAUUUUUCGUGGUUCUCAGCUGUGUAUUGAAGCUUCCUAGUUUUCCCAGUGCCUGGCACUCUCUUGGCAGCUAAUGCAGAAUUGGACCCCUUCGAGAACGGCCUCCAGAGUCUCAGGAAAACACACUGAAACCACAAAAACAAACCCUCAGUCCCAUAGUUUUACUGGACAUUUGAACGUGUCGGACAGCCGUAUGAGGCUGUAAACAGUCAUUCACAGAGCAAUACACGGAUGCAGGAGGUCAGAACUUCCCAACUGGGAACUCUGCAGCACUUUUUAAUAUCAACUCGUGUAAAUACAGUUGAUCCUAUCGAGGAAAAAGGUCGAUUUUACGUCAGAUUAUCAACAAGGACAUUUCAGGUUCUUCUGAGACUUUUAAGAUCUAAUUGACACUUUAAAAAACAAAAGGCACACUGUUGAGAGCUCCUUUCCAAAGCACUAUUUAUCUAUUUAUCUGAAGUCCAGUUUCUCUACAGUGGUCAGGAUCCUGUAUUUUAAGUGUUUAUUUAUCAAGCUGGGGCCUGAAGUGCUCCCAUGUGUUUGGUUUUAAAGGUCCAUUGAAACUAAGCGGGUUUGUGUGAAGACGCUCUUGUCUGAGUGCAUGUCCCCUCGUUGAACUUUGUCAUCAGUGUCUUGGCUUUACUUUUUAACAGCCCACUUGCUAAUGUAGCCCACAACAUUUCCCCAGUGCCUGUGUUUAACUGUGAACUGCUCAAAGGUCCGGAGACACACACGGCUGGAGUUCUGUCCUUUUAGGAAACGCAGGAUUCAAGUUUUCUCUGGAAAUUGUCAGCCUUAAAUGGUUUCUAUAAUCUACUGAAAGGCCUCUGGAUUCCUGUGGUUGACGUUUGGAUCAGUCAGUGAAAGGAAAACCAAAAAGCAAGGUGGUAUUUUUCCUGAAAAAAUCAUGAAGUAUGAAAGAUAACGCCUUAGAUUUAUUUAUGCCUCAAAAGAACUUUAAUUUUUUCUUUCUUUUGGAAGACAGAACUCUUCUCUGUGUCGCUCUGGAGCGAUCAAGUCAGUUAUUACAGACUUGUAACCACCAGGCGCUCUGCAGCUCUUUUACUGCUUUUAGAUGUUACAGAAACAUGACAGGAACCUCUAUCUAUUUUUUGUACAAAUGUGACAAAGUUACGUUAGAAAACAAAGACGUCCUCAGGGGCUCGCAAUGUUUUCACAGAGUUUAUUUAUCCAAGUUUUUGUUUCUGUUUUUCAUUUCAAGUUUGUAUUAUUUUUGAACUGUCAGCACUGUAGUGUACAUACGAAGUUUUGUAAAGAGGACAAAACGUGUAGUGUGGUUUCUACUUUAAAUACGAACCUAGCUAAUAAAAGGUUCCGUGGAA